AUGUCCCAGUCUACGGACCAUUCAUUUGUGAACACGCUAUUAGAAGCCGCUCGAGAGCGAAACAUUGUCCUUUCGGCGGCUGAAGUGAGGGCGAUCCGUACCUCGCAACCGCAGUCUCCACUGGCACAAUGGGUGCGACGCAACCUUAUAGUGUCUACAUCAAAAUCAACAUUGUUGUCCGCUGAAGAACUCGAACUAUGGCAGCAUGUUAAAGAGUCAAAGUGCUCGUCAGCCGAGGCUGCCAGUGUUGUCGACUUCUCGAUACCAACCACGGACGAAGAAUUUUGGUCCGCAACAAAAGAUCUAAAUGCACAGACUCAAGAUCUCGAGCGGCGAUGCCAGGUCCUGGAAUCCCAAAGCGCCCUUGCGGCCCGGCUGAGGGACUCUGUAAAGUCCUCUGAGGCCUCGAGGGCAAAGCACGCCCGCUACUUUGACCAGAAAGAAGUCGCUGGUGUGCAACACGUCAAGUUUGCGAACGACCAACUGUUGGAGACAUUGCAAGCAGAUAUUCAAGCCGAGUUCCAAAUCGUCGGUAGAGACGUGAAAUCCGCACAUGCCAUUGUCGCGGAAACAUUGAAUGCGGAUGAUCGCGCCCUGGAAGGGUUUAACGAGAUUUUUGCGAGGCAAUCGAACAGAGAACAAGCAGAAUUUGAUAUUGACUCGCUGGAGAAACGAGUGUCUGAAUUGACGGCGGCGUUACGGCAUUUUCGAGUUCAAAUGAUCAAAGACCGACUGGACAGGACGUAUCUCGAAACCCUUGCCCGGGAAUCCAAUCUCCAAGAAGAUGAGGAAGCUGCCGGCAGUUCCUCCACUAGUGCUCAAAACGACGACGAUGAGGCGAUAGCGAUAAAGAGCCUUCAGGACGAUCUGGGUUCAUUGUACCCCGAGAUCGAUGAUGUUGCAACUAUGGUCGUCACACAGGCGCACAGUCGGGCGAUUGAUUCUGCUCUCCGGGAUGUGCAACGACUCAAGGCGGAAGAAGGUCGUGUGCGUAAUAAAUUGCUCUACACCGGAUUGUCCAACAUGACAACCACACUCGACGACCUAUCGUCGAAACUUGAGAAUAUCCAGUCUCGACGUCUGUCGCUCGACGAAAUCCGUGCAAAAUGUCAAGACAUCAGAGCCGAUGGUAUUAGUUCUGCUACCAGUAUUGGCCGUCCAUGUCAACCGACCAGGACUGAUUCGUCUGGAUCGCAUCGACCCAAUGGGCAUGACGCAGCCACAUCCGCGUUAUUGCAUCACUUCGGCCUUUCGGAGGCCAUGAAUCAAGGUACGGCAUCGGCCGACCACCAGAUCCAAAACUUUGCGACCAAAAUGUCCCGCCAGUCCGCGGACAAUGUGGACCAUAUCCUUCGACUUAUUGAGGCGGCGGCCACCAGGGGAAACAAGGUCAUACAGAGUCUGGAGAAUGUCUUGGGCGCAAAGUCGACUGCAGGGGUCUACAAUUUGGACAAUCAGUUGCGAAUGCUGGAGGAGAGAAUCAACGAUGCGAAAGCGGAUAUUGAGGCGACCUUAAAUUUGAAUCCUGGGGCCACGACCACGCAACUUCAGCGGCGGUAA